AUGGGUGGCAAUAAUUGCUGUAACAAUGACCUAAAACAUUAAAAGUAGUCUUUUUUCGAUCUAAGGAAAGUCAAGACUAAUUUUGCCAAGCUAAAUGAGAUCUCUUCUAACUCGAAUCUCAUGCUUGAUUCUCGUUUGAAAUUGAACUUUACCAGGUAUAGAUGUUUCAACGAUAUUCCAAUAAGAGAUAGAUUUACGAAUAAUGACAAGUAUACAGAAUUAAAGGUAAAGUGGUCAGAUAGAAUGUUCAGAGAGAGAUUGCUAUAUGAGGAAUGCCUUGAAAUUGAACCUAAAACUUUAUUUACAGGAUCAAAAUAUGAAGGGGAAUUUUUGAAUGAUUUCUAAACAGGAGAAGGACGAUACUGGUCUGAUUUAGGAGAUUAUUAUGAAGGAACAUUUUACAAAGGUUUGAAAAAUGGAUUAGGUCUUUUUGUAAGCAGAUAUGGACUGAUAUACGAUGGAGAAUUUCAAAAUAACUUGGAGCAUGGUAGAGGAGUUAAAAUAUGGCCAGAUGGUUCGUAUUACAUAGGAGAAUUUAAUGAGGGAAAGAUACAUGGGUAUGGUAAAUAUGUUUGGUGUAACGACUAAUGUUACACAGGUGAUUGGAGAGAUAGCUUAAUGGAUGGUUUGGGUGUUUAUGAAUGGCCUGAUGGCAAAAAGCAUGAGGGUUUUUAUAAGGAAAACAAUAUGAAUGGUAGAGGAAAAAUGACCUACCCAAACGGAAUGAUUUAUGAGGGCAAUUAUGAAAAUGAUUAGAGAUCUGGAUAUGGAAUAUUGGUGCAGUAAAAUGGAUCGAAAUAUGAAGGAGACUGGCUUAAUGGACUUUAUCAUGGAUAGGGGAAAAUGAUAUCAUCUGAUGGAAGGGAAGAAUAUGGAAUAUGGUAAGAUGGCAGAUAAAUUAGUCGAAUCAUGGUAAAUGAUAGCAAGAAAAAUCUAAACUCAUCUACAGAUAUGAUUAUGGAUUCAAACCCUGGCACUGAAUGA